CCUUCACUUCAUAGAAAUUCAUUUUUAUUUCUGCAAUUAUAAUUUCUUUAUUACACAUACUUUCUAACACACACACACACACACACAAGCACAUUCAAAUGUCGUCGUACGCAUACCUGUUCAAGUACAUUAUUAUCGGAGAUACAGGCGUUGGAAAGUCGUGUCUGCUGCUUCAGUUCACUGACAACCGCUUCCUGCCGUCACACGACCUAACAAUUGGCGUCGAGUUUGGCGCGCGCAUGGUCAAGGUCGAAGACAAGGACAUAAAGCUGCAAAUCUGGGACACAGCGGGCCAAGAGUCCUUCCGCAGCAUCACACGCAGCUACUACCGCGGGGCUGUCGGAGCCCUCCUUGUCUACGACAUCACCCGCCGGGACACCUUUGAGCACGUAGCCACGUGGCUGGAAGACGUUCGCAAGCACUCCAAUACAGAGACCACCAUCAUACUUAUUGGCAACAAAUGCGAUCUCGAAGCUAAGCGCUCGGUGUCGAGGGAGGAGGGUGAGAAGUUUGCCAGGGAUAAUGGGCUUUAUUUUAUAGAGACUUCGGCCAAGACUGCGAGUAAUGUCGAGCAGGCGUUUGUCCAGACUGCGCAGGAUAUUUAUGAGAAGAUUCAGCAAGGUGUUUUGGUUGUUAAUGGUGAGCCUAGUGGCGUGAAGUUGGGACCCAGCCAGCCAGGCAUCUCGUCCAUGCCUAAUGUGUCGCAGUCUGGCGGAUGCUGCUGAGUAUUUCUUUUUUAUAUAUUUUAAUCAUUAAUAUUACUAUUUUUCUCAACAUGUAUAUUUUGUGAAUUA